UAGAUCACGUGAUCCAUGGAGGGAGCUAUGGCGGCUGCUGAACGACCGCUCUGCGUCUGUCUCCUGUCUGUCCUCGCCCUCCUUCUUUCCCCCCCGCCGCAGGUUUUUGUCAGGGCCUCUGCAGCCUGUCGGGGAGAGGCAGUUGCCAAGUCUAGUGAAGCCCGAGAUUCUGAAACUUGUGGAUUGAAUCUGCAGCUGGAGCAUUCAUUUGAGUUGGAUGACAGCAUUCAUUUCAAAAAACGGGGUACACUCCUGUGGAAUGUGGGCCCUGAACCUAGUCUCUCACUGAGCCAGAAGCAGUUAACUGAAGAAGAGCGCAACAAACUUAGGGAGAUAGCUUCUGUGGGUGGACUGUACCGUUUAAGAAUCCCACGACAGCCUCUGGGGAGCAUUGAAGAGAGUGCUGUGGAAUAUGUCACCACUUUUGUUAAAGCGUGCUCAUUGGUCGAGUCUCAUCUGUCCGAUAGGCUGACAGUGCACACUGACAUCGCUGGCAACAUAAUUGGCCUCUCUGCUGUCACUAUGCCUAGCUCUUGCCACGGAGCUGAAGUGGAAGAUGUGGAUCUGGAACUCUUCAAUACCACCAUUCUGCUCCAGCAGCCCAUACCAGCAGCUGUCCCUGAAACAGCAGCAUUUAUUGAACGCUUGGAACAAGAGCAGGCUCAGAAAGCCAAAAAUCCACAGGAGCAGAAGUCUUUCUUUGCCAAAUAUUGGCAUUUAAUUCUGGGUGCAAUAGUGCUUCUCCCAGUGACCAUCUAUGCAACAUUCCCCACGAAGUUCAGACGACGGCCCUGAGCAAAAGUAAUCCUGCACCCAGUUCAACUCACUUCUCUCUUUGCUUGGCUCCAUUUAACUUGAACUCUUGUCACCUUGUCACCUUGGAGAACAAAAAGGCUACUCUUCUUUUGGAGCCAGUUUUUAUAUUGGGGAGGUGUGUG